UCCAACUCUCGCGCUCGACAAGCCUAUGCGCCCUCUGUCCAGAGCGUACGCAUACACGGCCUCUAAACGACCCCUCUCAACCACCGCCCCGGCGCGCAGCCUCCUCCUCCUUCUCCGGCAUCGCGCAAUGUCGUCCUCGUCGACACACGAACACACGCUCUCACUCGUGCGGCGGCUCAUCCCGCCCCUGUCGCACAAGCUACACAAGGGCCAGGCUGGCCGCAUAGGCGUGCUCGGCGGUUCCGGGGACUACGCCGGCGCGCCGUACUUUGCCGCGAUGGGCGCGAUGCGCUUCGGCGCCGACUUGGCGCAUGUGCUGUGCGAGCCUGGGGCCGGGGCCGUGAUCAAGACGUACUCCCCCGACCUCAUCGUCCACGCGACGCUCGACGAGUCAAAAGGCAUCUACGCCGCGCGCGCCGAGCUCAAGUCGGUGCUGGAGCGCCUGCACGUGCUCGUCAUUGGGCCAGGGCUCGGCAGGAGCGAGUUCAUGCAGAGCUGUGCGCGGGAGGCGCUCCGCCUCGCCAAGGACAGCACGCUGGGCGUCGUCGUCGACGCCGACGGGCUGUGGCUGCUCAACUCGGAGCCCGAGCUAGUGUCCGGCUGGAACGGGCAGCGCGUGAUCCUCACGCCGAACGUGAUGGAGUUUGGGCGCCUGUGCUCCGCGACUGGCAUCGACGCCAAGGCAGAAGGCAGCUGUGCGGCGCUCGCGAAGAAGCUCGGCAACGUGACGAUUAUCCAGAAAGGCGCGAACGACGUCAUCUCCAACGGCGCGGCGCUACCCGCCGUGUUUGGCGUGCAGGGCGACACGCUGGUGGAGAGCACGCAGGGCGGACUCAAGCGCGUAGGCGGGCAGGGGGAUAUCCUCUCCGGCUCUACGGGCACCCUGCUCGCCUGGGGACUGGAGUGGGCGCGCGGCGCAUACGCCCACGUCGGGCAUGCGCCCGACGAGCAGCUCACCCCGCACAUCCCGCUGCUGGCGGCUUAUGGCGCGAGCACCUUCAACCGCACGGUCUCUAGGCGCGGAUGGGAGACGAAGAAGCGGGCCAUGGUCACUAAUGAUUUGGUUGAGCUCGUUGGGCCGGUUUACGACGAGCUGUUUGGGCGAUACCAGGAGGAGAAGGAGGAGAAGGGGAGGUUGUAG